UCUCCAUUCCUUUCUUUCUGUCCGCCGGCUCGCCCAAAGUGCUCAGACCCGGGAGAGGACCGGGGGUUGGGCUUCAUAGGAGCCCCGGGCGCGGGCGGCUGCCCCGGGGCUCUAAGGAUAGGCGCUGGAGGCUGGACCCUGGCCCCAGCCCAAGUCUCGAGUCGGCUCCCAGCCCGGCCCGCGCCUACAAGGAUCCUUGCAGGGCCCCAGGCCAGGCUCAAUGGCGCUCCUCCUUCCGCCGUCGCCACAGCUCUCCCUGUUGCUGUUGAUGCUGCUGCCGACGACGACGAUAUCCGCGGCGGACCGGUGCCAGAGCAACCAGCAAUGCUCGCGAAUCUCCUACUCUGCCUCCCGCGACUUCGACGUGGAGUACUCUGUGCCCAGCUUUUCUGCCGGUGGCCGAGUACAGGCCGUGGCGACCUACGAGGACGGGGACGAGAGGGCCGUUUUCGUGGCCACGCGCAACCGCCUGCAUGUGCUGGGGCCGGGCCUGCAGCCGGUCCAGAGCCUGGCGACCGGCCCCGUCGGAGAUCCUGGCUGCCAGACGUGCUCAGCCUGUGGCCCGGGUCCCCAUGGCCCGCCAGGCGACACAGACACGCAGGUGCUGGUGCUGGAGCCGGGGCUGCCCGCGCUGAUAAGCUGCGGUUCGAGCCUACAAGGCCGCUGCUUCCUGCAUGAGGUGGAGCUCAUAGAGAAGACCGUACGCCUGGCGCCGCCAGCCUGCCUCUUCUCAGCCCGCCACAACCUGCCCGAGAACUGCCCUGAUUGUGUGGCCAGCCCGCUGGGCACCCGGGUGACCGUGGUCGAGCAGGGCCAGGCUUCCUACUUGUACGUGGCGUCGUCUCUGAACGCAGCGGUGGCCGCCAGCUUCAGCCCGCGCUCAGUGUCCAUCCGGCGCCUCAAGGCAGACGCUUCGGGAUUCGACCCCGGCUUUGAGGCGCUGUCUGUGCUACCAGCGCACCUCGCCUCCUACGGUAUAGAAUAUGUGCACAGCUUUCGCUCAGGAGCAUUCGUUUAUUUUCUGACUGUGCAGCCGGCCAGUGUGGAGGCUGCGCCGGGCGCCCUGCACACGCGCCUUGCUCGGCUUAGCGCCACUGAGGUAGAGCUGGGUGACUACCGCGAGCUGGUCCUCGACUGCCGUUUUGAGCCUAAACGCAGGCGCCGCGGGGUCCCCGAGGGCAGACAACCUUACCCGGUGCUGCGUGCAGCCCAUGCUGCUCCUGUGGGCGCCCAACUGGCCAUGGAGCUGAGCAUCACCGAGGGCCAGGUCGUGCUAUUCGGAGUCUUCACAGGGAGUAGGGACCGUGGUCCCAGCGAAGGCCCCAACUCUGUCGUCUGUGCCUUCCCCAUCGACCUGAUGGAUACCCUCAUCGAGCAGGGUGUGGAGCGCUGCUGCCAGCCCCCGGUCCCCCCGGGCCUCCGGAGAGGUCUUGACUUCUUCCAGCUACCCAGCUUGUGCCCCAAUCCGCCUGGCCUGGCGGCCCCCAACCCCAACAUCAGCUGCCAUCAUUUCCCUCUGCUGGUCAGCAGCAGCUUCUCCCGUGUGGACCUAUUCAACGGGCUGCUGGGAAUGAUGCAAAUCACUGCACUACAUGUGACACGCAUAGAGAAUGUCACGGUGGCGCACAUGGGCACGGCUGAUGGACGCAUCCUGCAGGUGGAGUUGGCCAGAUCACUCAACUACUUGUUAUAUGUGUCCAACUUCUCGCUGGGCAGCAAUGGGCAGCCCGUGCAGCGGGAUGUCAGUCGCCUCGGGGAUCAGCUGCUCUUUGCCUCUGGAGACCAGGUCUUCCAGGUACCCAUCCGGGGCCCUGGCUGCCAUCACUUCCUCACCUGUUGGCGUUGCCUACGGGCUAAGCGCUUCAUGGGCUGUGGCUGGUGUGGGAACAUGUGUGGCCAGCAGAAAGAGUGUCCCAGGUCCUGGCAGCAGGAUCACUGCCCACCUGAGCUCACUGAGUUCCAUCCCCACAGUGGGCCCCUAAGGGGCAGCACGAGGCUGACACUGUGUGGCUCCAAUUUCUACCUGCACCCUGCUGGCCUGGUGCCUAAGGGCAACCAUCAGGUCACUGUGGGCCAAAGUCCCUGCCGGCUGCUGCCCAAGGACACCUCAAACCUCAGACCAGUGCCCCAGAAGGACUUUGUAGAGGAGCUUGAGUGUGAGCUGGAGCCCUUGGGUGUGCAGGCAGCUGGGCCUGCCAACAUCAGCCUCACUGUGACCAACAUGACAGCAGGCAAGCGCUUCCGGGUAGAUGGCACCUCUGUGUUGCAAGGCUUCUUUUUCAUGGUGAGACCACCUUGCCCCUUCUGUGCCCUUCGCUGGCUGGGCAGUACAGGCAGGAAAGGGCAUAGAGGAGAGGGCCUGUUCCAGCUAAGUCACCUUUAUGCCUUCUUAGGAGCCAGCGCUGACAGCCGUGCAGCCCCUGUUUGGCCCUCGGGCAGGGGGCACCCUCCUCACCCUCAAAGGUCAGGGUCUGUGUGUAGGUACCAGCCGAGCUGUGCUGGUCAAUGGGACCGAGUGCCUGCUAGAACAGUGGGGGGUGCUAAGGUGCCUGGCCCCUGGACCUUUGACUACCGGGAAGACCCCAUUGUGCUGGGGAUCAGCCCCAACUGUGGCUACACUGGCUCCCAUGUCACCAUCCGCGGCCAGCACCUGACUUCAGCGUGGAACCUAGUGCUAUCAUUCCAUGAUGGGCUUGGGGCAGUGAAAAACAGGCAGUGUGAACAGCAGCUUCCGGAGCAGCAGAAGUGCUACCUGCCUGAAUACAUGGUCCAAGGCCCCCAGGAGUGGGUGACAGGGAGCCUGAGUGCCCAGGGGGAUGGUGCUGCUGGCUUCACACUGCCUGGCUUUCGCUUCCUGCCCCCACCCCAACUGCCCAACACUGACCUGGCCCCAUUGAAGCCUGAGGAACAUGCCAUUAAGUUCCAGUAUAUCGGGCUGGGUGCUGUGGCUGACUGCGUGAGUGUGAACGUGACCGUGGGUGGUGAGAGCUGUCAGCACGAGUUCCGGGGGGAUGUGGUCAUCUGCUCCCUGCCUCCCUCCCUGGAACUUGGCAAGAGUGGUGCCCUGCUGCAGGUUUGCGUGGAUAGCGUGUGUCACAUCCUGGGCAAGGUGAUGCGGCUGGGCCCAACAGGGGUCCCACAGGGCAUACUUCUUGGUGUCCUGCUGGUCCUGCUCCUGCUUGUGGCUGCACUAGUCAUCACUCUGGUCUUCAGCUACUGGUGGCGGAGGAAGCAACUAGUCCUUUCUUCCAACCUGGAUAACCUGGCAUCCCUGGACCAUACCUCUGGAGACAUCCCCCUGCCUCUCCUCCACUCAGGUUCUGACUACAGAAAUAGCCUUGGUGAGGCUGUGGAGGUGCUGGAAGCUGGAGCCAUCCCCUCUGCCCUCCAAGCCCCUCAUUCCCUCUCUCCCACAGCACCCCCUGCCACUGAGGGUCUGGGCCCUGCCACCCAGGGCCACGGAGUGUCCUCCUCAGAUGACAUGGAUGGGUCCUGUGUCCUGCUGCUCCAGACAGAGUCCAUCCAACUCCAGGACCUAGAUCCCAAGCUCCUGGCUGAAGUCAAGGAUGUGCUGAUCCCCCAUGAGCAAGUGGUCACCCACAGUGACCAAGUCAUUGGCAAAGGCCACUUUGGAGUUGUCUACCAUGGGGAAUACACAGACCAGGCCCAGAAUCGAAUCCACUGUGCCGUCAAGUCACUGAGUCGCAUCACUGAGGUGCAAGAGGUAGAGGCCUUCCUGCGCGAGGGGCUGCUCAUGAGCCGCCUGCACCAUCCAAACGUGCUGGCUCUCAUCGGUAUCGUGCUGCCACCUAAGGGACUGCCCCAAGUGCUGCUGCCCUAUAUGCACCACGGAGACCUGCGCCAGUUCAUUCGUUCACCCCAGCAGAACCCCACAGUGAAGGACCUCAUCAACUUCGGCCUGCAGGUAGCCCGCGGCAUGGAGUACCUGGCAGAGCAGAAAUUUGUGCACAGGGACCUGGCUGCUCGGAAUUGCAUGCUGGAUGAGUCAUUCACAGUCAAGGUGGCUGACUUCGGUCUGACCCGUGGCAUCCUGGACAAGGAGUACUACAGUGUUAGACUGUACAGCCACGCUCGCCUACCUGUCAAAUGGAUGGCACUGGAGAGCCUGCAGACCUACAGGUUUACCACCAAGUCGGACGUGUGGUCAUUUGGUGUGCUGCUCUGGGAGUUGCUGACACGGGGUGCCCCACCAUACCCUAAUAUCAACCCCUUUGACCUUACUGACUUCCUGGCCCAGGGGCGGCGCCUUCCCCAGCCUGAGUAUUGCCCUGAUUCCCUGUAUGCAGUGAUGCAGCGCUGCUGGGCCACAGAGCCAGGGGCCCGACCUACCUUUGGGGAGCUGGUGCAGGAAGUAGAAUGUGUGGCGGCCAUGCUGGAUGGGAACCACUACGUGCAGUUGCCUGCAGCCUAUGUGAACCUGGGCCCUGGUGCCACGGACUGGGCAAACGCACCCGUGGAACAGCUACCGUCCCCUCCAGUGCCUCCAGUGCGCAGGAGUAUGGGUCGUCCCCGGCCCCUCUCAGAGCCACUGUGACCCACAUGACCACAGCUCCAGGCCCCUGGGGGACAGACCUGUCUAGUGGCUUCCACCAAACCCCAAGCUGCCCCUGGGACAUGUCAGGCUGGAGGGAGGCCCCAGCUGGCCUCACCCUGUCCCUACCCGCUAACCUCCAGUGGCAGUGGGGCCUGAGCAGGGCACAUUUGGCCCCUCACUCCACAGAGGAAGCAAGUGAGGCGGAUCCUUCAUACAAUGAAUAUUUAUGAAGUGCCUGCUGUGUACCUGGCCCUCUGGCCGAAGGGAACUCAACUGACUCAGCAGUGACCACACAGACACUGGCUUUUGAACCAGUAAAUGAACUAAUGAAUAUUCAAGUACAAAUUGUGGUAAAUGCUAUGAAAGAAAAAGACAGGCAGCUGCUUUGAGGGAGUGGAAGACUGCCUUAGAUAGCAAGUUGAGAGAGGCCUCCCCAGGGGGUGACAUUUGUGCUAAGGCCUGAAUGGUGGGAAAGAACCAGGGCAGUGUUGGGGGAGGAAAGUUUUGGGGCAGAGUGAGCAGCACAUGUAAAACCCGGAAGCUGAAAACAGGUUGGGAGAGCAAGAAGGCUCCGGAAAGCAGGAACCGGGCAAAGCCCAGAAUCCAGGAUACAGAGCCCCAGGGGCUGUCGAAUGGGACCAAAGAAGAGGUGGGUUGAGUACCAUGGCAUGCUGCAGCCUAGCCCUCCUGUUCCCCUUCCCCAGGUCCUGAUCCCUCUGCAGGACUCCCUGCUCCACCUGCUGCACCCCUCGUACACACACACACACACAGACUGUCAGGGCAUGGAGACCUACCCCUCCCACACCUCCCCCUGCCAACUCUGCCAGCAUUGCCCCAGCAGCCUUCAGAGAGACAAGCCAACAGUAAGGCCUCAGCUCCACACUUUCAAGGCGCCAACUGCAAGGUGCCGACUGCCUAGGCUAUUUAUACUCACCAAGGCCACUGCACAAUAGCUGCUUGGGGGGAGGGGGCAGGCUCUACUGGAGGAGGAGAGCAGCUCCCCUUCCCACUGCCCCCGCCACCACUUCACUGCUGGGAGGGGGACAGCUGAGCUCUCCUGGUGCAGAGAUACCUAGGGUGCCUGGGCCCAGGCUGUGGAUCAUGAUGGUUCCUCUCUCUUGCUCAGGAGCCAUUUGGCCCCCAUCCUACCAGCUGGGAGACCCAGCUCACCUAAGAGGGAAGGCUCUUUCUCCCAGUUCUGUGCCGCUGUUACACAUGGUCCAGUGGGGUUGGGGCAAGAGUUCACUGGUGACCUGAGUAGGGGUCUCCUUGGGACCAGAGCUGCCCAGCUGUUCUCCAUCCAUACUGGCUGCCUACUUUGUCACUUCAGGCUGGAGAGAGGCCCCUUAAGGACCCUGAGGACUGGUGGGUGAGGCUUAAAAGAGGACUUUUCUGCCUGGGGCAGGGGUGCAAUGAUCAGGAACCUAUGUGCUGGAGGGGGCAGAGACAGUCUGUCCACCUGGUCACCACUGUAUCCCUGAUGCCCACUGUAGGCUCGGCCAUUGUCCCCUUGUCCCUGUGUAGGGUGGGGAGGAACAGUUGUGUCAUCCCUGAUUGAGGCUGGGAGAGAGAUGAGUGGAAUGUCCUUGGACAACCGUCCCCCACCAACUGUGGCCCCCAAACCAGUUGAAAAUGAUUGUAUCCACCUCCAACUUGCUGUUCACAUCCCCUAGCACCAUCCUAGGGAUCUAAGGGUCACCCAGAGCUCCAAGCCUUGGAGAAAGGAGGAGAGGAGGGAGGGGACUCCUAGGGGUUUCUCUGAAACUGGACUGUGGCUCUCUCCACCAAACCUCUGUGGCUCAUGGACCACUGGCUCACUUGUUCACAAGAAAGGGGCCCAGAGAGGAAGGGAUCUCUGGAUGGGAAGUGAGCUUAGAUGGGAGAGCUCAGAAGGAAAGAUCUCAGCAGGGUGUCGGUUGUCCUGUGCAGCUAGAAUGUGGGACUUGGAGUCUGUUUCUGGGUCGAGGGCCUCCAGGGCCAGAACUCUCCAGGGAGAGGUCCCACUUAAGCAGGCUCCUGGGCUUCCUUCUGGAUCGUGGUACAGCUGCCCUUCCCCCCACUGACUGAUGUGGCCCCCUAAGGC